GGACAUAGCGCCAUUUUCAGACAGCACAUACGGUUAUCGCGUGACACGCUAUAGGGCUUGCUAUAGCUCUGCCGUCAACUCUGCGACAGAUGCACCGGCCGCCAUGUUCGUGACGCGCCACUCCUGGUGACCAGCGCCGCCGCCGUCUCCGAACUCGACGCACCGCAAGAACGAGCGAAAGAACGAGGUGGAAGAGGGAGAGAGAGGCGCUGGAUGGGAAAUGAGAAAGGAGGGGCUCCUCUUAGGGAGGAUGGGGAACGGAUCGAGGGAGGAGAGAAGGAAAAUUAGGAAGCAGUAGCAGCAGAUUGGAGGCGCGUAGGAACAAGGCGAGGGGGAGAAGCGCGGAAGAAAGGGAGCGCGGCGGAAGGAGGCGGCGAGGAGGGCGCGCAAUUCCGAGACGGGACGUCUCCGCGGGACGAUCAUCGUAUUAGUUCCUUGCUCUUUUCGCGGUGCCCUCUCUUCUGCCCGAUGCGGCGCCUGCUGCUCCUGCUAAUGCUGCGAGUUUGAUUUUGAAUAUCGGCGUGUUACGGACGCCCGUCCGUUCGCUCCUCGUAAAACCCUCCCCCCGAGAGUCCCGUUCGCGCCGCAUAGUUUUCGGCGGCCUUGUCUUAGGCGCAAGUUCUUCGUGUACACAGGGGGUUGUGUCACGGCGUUCGUGCGAGUACCGAGGGAGCGGUGUGGGCAUACGUCCCGCGUGUGGGGAAGGAGUUGAACGGCGAAUCCGGUGGCAGACUCGUCGUUGUCCGGCUGCCAACGCUUCAGCCCUGGCGUAGCGUUGGGGACCGCGGCCCGUGUUUGGUGCCCGAGCCCUCGAUCCGAGGAGCUAUGUGCCGCGCCACACAGGCGGGGUGUAGGGAACCCUCUGUCGCUGGGACCGAACGUCCCGGCCCCGGAAAGCGUUCCCGAAGUGCCGCCGCCCGACCGCCCUCGUCGGCUCCGUCGCCCCACCUGCUGCCGCCGUUGUCGCCUUCUUUGUCGAGGGCCACCUCCGCACAAGUGUCAAAAUGCCCCCGGCCAUGCUUGUGCUGCAGACGCGUCCAAGCCGUCUGCUGGGCGGCGGCUUCUCCCGAGUGCUCCGCAACUCCAUCACCAUCAAGAUGGUGCUGGGCAUCGUGCUGUUCUUUGCCGGCAUGAGCAGCCUGUACGUAAACCACCGGCUGGGACUGUCCCUCGCCGGCGUCGGCCUCGUGCUGGUCUUCGUGCCCGCCGAAUUCCUCUUCGGCCUAUGCAUCGACUUCAAAGGUCACAAGGAGAACGGCAGGUGUUCGCGGUCCGGCAGCACCAAGUCCGACUACCGACCCACGGAAGUGGUGGUCGAGGACAACGGCGGCAACGGCGCCGUGGUCUCCGUCGUUUCCGGCGACGAGGCUUCCACAUUUCCGCCGGAAGGGGUCCGGGAAGAGGCCGGAAGCGGGGACGCCGGCUCUUCGCAGAACGAAGGGAGCUCGCCGGGCGGCGACAGCAGACGGACGUCCUCACCUCGGUGCACGUGUCCAGGAAAGAACUCGCCGCCGGACGUGGCCGUGCAGCUGCACCGGACACGGAGCGACGUCCUCAGGGCGGGACCCGGCUCGGCGGUGGACCUCAGGAGCGAGGUCGAGGCCUCGCAGACACUGGCCGCAGACGGCGGUCCGCAGGACGUGGCCGCCAAGGCGGAGGCGACGCCGUCUCCGACGUGCAAGUUCCACCGCACGCGGUCGGCCGUGCUUCGCGCCGAGGACCUUCCCAAGAACGCACCGCCACAGGUGGUUCGCUUCAACGUCGGCGCCGACGACCCCGCUGCUGCCACCGCCACCAGCGGCGCCACCGCCUCGAGAACCCUGUCCGGCGGAGGACGGGCCAGGGGUGCGGGCCCGUCGCCCAGCGCGAGGGCCGCUCUCGUCCGAGGCGUGAGCUUCGAGCACACCACGUUCCACCGGAGCAAGUCCGCCGUCAUGCACCGAGGCAGCCUGUCGGGAGAGGAGGCGACGACCGCCGCGUCGGUGUCGUCCUCGUCGGCCAAGUCUUCGCCGACCAGGUCUCCGAGGGGUCAGGGUGCCAACGCCUCGCCCUUCAAGGAACGCCCACUGGCGCCCGCGGUGGCCAGGGUUCAGCAGCUGCAGCAGAUCCCCGCGGCGCGAAGUCAGAGCUCCAAGAGUGCCGCCGCAGCAGGGAGCGACCCUCGAGCGACCACGAUGGCAGUGCAGCUGUACGAGCCGCCCUUUGCGAGGCCGCCAAUCUCGGAUCUCAGCAACGAGAAUUACACGCGAUUCCACCGCAUCAGAGCUGUGCAACAGCAGCAGCAGGCAGCCGGCGUUAGUGCUCCAGGGGUCACGGCCCGCAGGAAAGAGGCAACAACAUCGCAGAACCUGCUCCUCAGGACAAGGUCGAUGACUACUUCCCGAUCCUCGACAAACCUCACUCAGCCGCAGCUGCAGGAGGGCGCGAAGACCAGCGGCAAGCCGAACAGGGACAAGAACGCGUCCGCUAGCCAAGAGGCCAAAGGAGCCGCUUCCCCAACCGACGCCGGUCAAAGACUCGCGGCGGAAGCGACGCCAAAGCUCCGAAGGACGUCGUCGGGGCCGUCCAGGAGACCGGCCCGGACAGCGAAGGAGCCGGUGCCGUGGACGUCGCUGGCUGUUCAGACAGCCGCCGGCGUAAUCGCGCUCCUGUGCAAGCCGCAGGAGGGCGAAUCCGCGAGCCUGCUGCCGCCAAGGCCGCUGCAGGCCAAGCUGGGCGCGCCGCCGGUCCGACAGACCAGGGUGCCGCGCCUCGUCACAGUGAGCGUCAGCGACGAGGACUCGAGCGAAGACCGCGAGAACAGUGCGUCGUUCGGACAACGGGACUCCUCUUCUAGUCUUGCUCAACCUUCUUCGUAGUUGGGGUUCUGUCGUAGAAAAAAAGGAGGUGGGGUGGCCGAGCAGAUGCCGCUCAAAUAGAAUCGCUGGAGCUGCAUGCGGCUGCGCCGUGCACGGAACGCGGUCUCCGUCGGGUUGCCGAUACGGAUGUCACCACCUGGGUGCACUCGCUGAUGCAGGGCGCCAGAGUCUACACCCGGACACCCGCUAGCCACGUGGAGACUGCAGUCUGUACAUGCGAGAGCUGAGCUGUAAGCAAGUGACAUCGGUAACGUGCGCCUGCAGUAGCUUGGAUCACUGUAUAAGGACCGCCUUGGUGGUAAACCGUGGAAGGUCACAGGUUACUACUUUCAAUGCGACAUACGGUGUUGAAAUGGAUACAUGAAAGAUCCACUAAUCUGCUACAUCGCUAAGAGAUAGAGAGAUAGAUAGAGAGAGAGUGUUUGUGAAGAGGAAAAGGCGCUAUUUUCCGCGAUAGUUUUUAGGGAGCACGGCUCAGCGCCUAAUCGCUAAGUGACAGCGUAAUAUCCAGAUAGAGGAAGAGAGAGAGAGAGAGAGAGAGAUGCAAUAAGGGUAAGGCAGGGUUGUUAACCAGACUCAGCCUGUUUGACUACCUUGCUCUGGGGAAAGGGGGACGUGGAUAAGAAAAUGAGAAGUAACGCAAAAUUCUCACAGUAAGCACGCACAAAGAAAAACGCUGAAGCGGUCAUACGGGCUGCACUAGCUGUAUGCAACAAGCUGAAGGUACUGCCAGUGACUCAACACGACGAUGGCGGCGUAUGCGGCGCUAUGCAGGGAUGUCAAGGUAGGGAAGGGAAGGUUGUGAAAAAUGUGUUCCCUCCGGAGAAACCAAGCUCCGUAGACGCAUGAGCAAUAACGACCACUACGGUUUAUUUCGUUAGGAACGAAUGCCCGGAGAUGUGGUAAGAGACGUUUGAGGAUUUCGAAUGAGUGCGCGGUGGAAAGGUCCGUGAAGGACAACAGUGCGAUCUAUGAUAGCAACUAGUCUCUACCUUUAUCGAUCUCCGGCUUCGCCAGUCGAUUUAGGAGGUGCAUUCUCUUUCUUGUUUCGGACUUCUGAGUCACCGAUUACGCAUUCUUGGAGAGAACUUUAGCAAGAAAAGAAAAAUCGUGCAAAGUGUGGCGCGGUUUACAGCGCUCUCUAAGAUCUUGUCCAUGGGAGGCAUUCUGUAAGAGUCCAUCAAGUGGACACGCCCCUUUCGUCAAGUGCUGAAGUGCUGACUGGCUGUGGCGCCUGGUUGAUGUGCACGCGCAGCCCACCACAACCAACGAGCACUUCAGCAGCUGACCAAAUGGGCAUGUCCACUAGAAAGACUCUUACAGAAUGCCUCCCCUGUAAAGACCAUUUGAAAUUAUGCCAGAUAAAUUAUUAUUUGCCAGCUUUAUGCACCGAUGUUUGUUUCUUAUUGAUCUAUAGUAUAUCUUUUCAAGCCUAUAUGUACCGUAUUUCUGGCUAUUUUAUUGUUACCUUAUGCUACCUGUAUCGGAGCCUUCAGAAUGAAGCUGACAACUUGGCUGUUAGAAAAUUCAAUUGCCCAUCUUUUAUUUAUUAUAUCUCCUAAGGGCUGCCAUGACUUCAGUUUACACCAUGCGCGCUAUGUUACAAUAAAAGCCGCAAGAAACGCUG